AUGUUUCCCUCUCUUUCAGUCACACUUGUCAUCCUCUCUCAGGCCGCUUCAAGGACCUGGGCGGCUCCUACUCCGGAUGUUGCUGUCGCAGCUGAGCCGGCGACCUUCACAGCGAAUGCAAACAUUGGCCCAGGCGGAAGUGUCUACAAAGACUCGGCGCACUUCCGCAUCUACGGCAACAAUGGCAGCCCUGCCGACCAAGCGAUUGCUAUGCUUGAAGGCGCAUACGACUGUUUUGUAACGACAUUGGGCUUUAGGUCCACUGGCUUGUCCUACAAUGAUGCGUCCAAUGCUGGGCCAUGGACCAAGGUGAAUGUAUACUCGGUCGCCUCCCUCCCAGGGGCAGCGGGCGUGAUGCAUUCUGAUGCUGGCACCGGCAUGGCGUGGCUCGAGGUGCAGCAGAACUACAUUACCGUAUCUGGUGUUGUCGUUCACGAGUUCGGCCACGGAGUGCAUUAUCACCAAAAGACAUGGGUUGACCAGGGACGGACCGGCGCCUGGUGGGAGACCUUUGCCAACUGGUUUGCCGAUACCUACAAGACCUCCAAUCUAUGUAGCGCGUCGAGGAGCAAGUACAACCAGCCAACUGGAACAACGGAGAUUGAGCUCGGGAAGGUCCUUGGAGACUCCUUCCAGGUUCUCGUUGAUGGUUCUGUUAAUACUGGCAACUAUUACCAAGCCUGGCCGUUCUUUACCUACAUCACCAACAACCCAGAUGGCUACAGCGGCCUGGGUACCGACACUCUCCGGCAAAUGAUGAUCCGAUACUCUCCCAACAGUAAUGAAACACCAUUCCACACCCUUCAGCGUGUUGCUGGCAGUACGAGCAUAGCCACCAUCGUUGGAAGGUACUGGGCACGAAUGGCCUACGCAGACAUCGGGCACCCGCAGGCCCAGCAAGUCUUCUUCAACCAGCGUGGCUCAAUCAACUUCAAGAAUGUUGACCAGACGGGAACCGGCACGUACAAGGUGAAGAGCGCUCGCCAGCCGCUCUACAUGGGUGCCAGCAUCAUCCCUCUCCGUGCCUCGGGAAGCACCAUCUCCGUCAGCAUCACGGCCAACCGGGCAUACACUGCCACCCUCGCCGUGUACAAGAGCUCAGGGACGCGGUAUGUGGCUGUUCAGGGAUCUGGAUCAGUCACUCUGGCUAGCGGCGAAGAGGCCACAUUGGUCGUAGCUAACACUCCCUCCUCACUGUAUUUGUAUGACCCAUUCAGCUUGUCGAGCGAGGUGAAGCAAGGACUGGACUUUUCAUUUACUCUAUCUGGGGCUACUGUUGCCUGA